AUUUGUCCCCUAAAACUUAUCACCCCGCAAAAUGGGAUCCAAACCAUCUUCGUUAGGGGUCAUGAUCGAGGAAGUGCGCCAGUGAUUACCCCGGACAAUCAAAUCUUCCCCCGAAUGUCUCAUCGUUCCACAGCCCGGAUCGUUGCCACCGUCAUCAUCAUAGCGUAGCGGCAGUGCGUCUAUCUUUGUCACGAAGUACAGCAGGUCGCUUUGCGACCUUGUCACUUGUUAUCAUCAUAUGCGUCCAGACUGAGACACAGAAGAAGCGCCACAGCAACACCAGAGGACAUCGUCCGUCUAUAAAAGCUUAAAUCUGCUGGGAAACAACACGCGCAGUCUCCGCUUCCUCGCUAUCAAAAGUGAGCCUCUUUCCAUCUGCCAUGAGCACUAGUUGGGCAGCAGUCAAGCAUAAGCUUGAAUGUCCUAAAGACGAAGAUGCCAAUUAUGAAAAUACGACUUGGUGCAACCGCGACUUGAUCCCAAUCCCUCCAGAUCGCCGAACGUUUCACAUAUGGUCCUAUCUCGGUUACUGGACUGUGUCUGGAUCUAAUCUCUCUGCGUGGUCCUUGGGCAGCACUCUUCUCGCGUUUGGACUUAGCCCCGCAGAGGCAAUUGGAGUACUUAUAUUAGGAGGCUUUCUUACUGGUUGUCUUGCGGUUGUGGCCGGGUGGCCUGGAGCAAAACACAACAUCGGCUUUACUGUUUCCAGUAGAUUCUCUUGGGGCAUGAGGGGAUCGUACUUUCCCGUGAUUAUUCGUUGCUUUACAGGCUGUAUCUGGUUCGGCAUUCAGGCAUUCUGGGGAGCUCAGGCAACUAGGGUCACUCUUGGAGCUAUCAUUCCUGGCCUCGCCCAUAUGCGAAACAGCUUUAGCGAAAGUUCUCACCUUGCAACGAACGAUUUUAUUGGGCUCGUCAUCUGGAUGUGUGCCUUCAUCCCCGCCAUCCUCAUCAAGCCGGAGAAACUACAGAUCCCUUUUCUUAUUUGCUUUUUCCUCUUCUGUGGCUCUUGUUUUGGUAUACUAAUAUGGAGCGUCUCAACUGCCAAUGGGGUUGGUGAGCUCUUUCACCAGAAAAAGGAUACCACGAACAUGGGCUGGGCCUUCAUGUUUGGUAUCACCUCGGUGUUGGGCGCUUGGGGAUCGGGGACGCUCGGCCAAUCUGAUUGGACUCGAUAUGCAAAGACUAAACAUUCACCGACUCUGUCUCAGCUGAUUGCAACUCCACUGACAAUUACAGUAACCGCCGUCAUUGGUAUCAUUGCCACAAGUGCAUCAAAUCACAUAUUGGGUGGAGAGAUUCUAUGGAAUCCUAUCUAUUUACUGGCAGCAGUGCAGGAACACUACCACUCUAGUCCAGGGGUACGAGCGGCGGUCUUCUUCGCAGGCAUCGGGAUUGUGGCUUCACAGCUUUCAAUUUCCAUUGUAUUAAAUUCCAUGUCCACUGGUAUGGAUUUGGCGGGAUUAUGGCCAAAGUACAUCAAUAUCCGACGCGGUUCGUACGUCAUGAUGGUUGUGGGCAUAGCCACACAGCCAUGGCAGCUUCUCGCAACGGCAAGCAAGUUCCUCACAGUUCUUAGUGGCUUCGGUGUAUUCAUGGGCCCGUUGACUGGUAUCCUGUUGGCUGAUUAUCACAUCCAUUGGCGACGCAAACUACAGCCGAACGAUCUCUACGUUGGAAACGAGCAUUCAGCAUAUUGGUAUCAGCAUGGGUUCAAUUGGAGACCAUUUAUUGUUUUUAUACUGUGCAUGUGGCCAGGGCUACCUGGCCUUGUCGCGACCGCCAAUGGCUAUACGGACAAGAAAUACCAGAAUUGGAUCCAUAUUUACAACAUUUCCUUUCUUCUUGGCCUCACAACCUCAUUUGUAUUAUUCACUGUUGUAAAUUAUAUCUGCCCUGUUGGGGUCCCAGCCAAAGAAACCCUUUUUCUCUCUGGGGAGGCACUUGAUGAGGAGUUGCCUAACACAGCCGGCAAAAAAGACCAGAUAAAAGUUGACGGUGCUCCGAAGACGAUUAAUAACAUAUGGAUCAACGGAAAAGAAUAAUCUGUUUACUCCGUAGUCUUGUCAAUAUAUUCAUUUCGCC